AUGGCAGUUAGGCGCCGAAAGGGUGCAACGGCUGAACACAGCUUCGGCUACGAACACACCAAUGAUCACAUACUUGAAGACAACUAUGGUCGUCGACUUGGAGGGUCGAAUUCUCGCAAUCAUACAAUUGGAGUUCCUCAAGGCUCCGUCUUGGGACCACUCCUGUUUCUGAUCUACGUCAACGACCUCCCAGACGUUCUUGCGAGUCCAUGUCUACUGUUGGCGGACGACUUGAAAUCCUGGAGUUCCAAUGCCAGUGCCCUCCAAAUGGAUGUAGACGCUGCCAAGCAGUGGUCGUUGGACUGGCACCUUCCUCUGAAUGAUGAAAAGUGCGUCCAUGUGUCGUUUGGAGGGGAUUCAGCGAAUGCCUUUGUUAUGCAUGGUGAAAAGGGACCAGAAAACAUCAUGAGGAUAGAUGCCAAAAAAGAUUUAGGCAUCUGGGUCUCCUCAAACUUGUCCUUCGCACUACACCAUGAGAAAUCGGCCCAAAAGGCAUUCGCCGUUUUACGGAUGAUCCGACGUACCUUCUCCCGUAUUACUCGCAUGGACUUCCAAAUACUCUAUGGGGCCUACGUCAGACCGCUCCUGGAGUACGCCAACCAAGUUGUCUACUCAGGACGUACGAAAGACGUUACCCUCAUUGAGCGUGUCCAGCGGGCCGCCACGAGAAUGGUUGCCGGCCUCAAGUCCGUGGACUACGAAACGCGUCUCGCGAUGCUUGAUCUCUUUCCCCUGGAGUACCGUCGCCUCCGAGGGGACCUAAUUCUUACUUACGCCCUGUUUGAACAAAGCUUGGCAAACAGGUUUUUUACCGUUGACCCAGCAAACACCCGGCGGGGACAUAAUGAUCAAAAGCAAGAGAUAAGAGAGGCGUUCGAUUUAUUUGAUACGGAGAAAACAGGUUCGAUCGAUGUUCGUGAAUUGAAAGUUGCCAUGCGAGCUUUGGGUUUUGAUCCUCCGCGCGAGGAAAUCAGGAAGCUUCUGUCUGAGUUCGAUUGUGACUCAAAAGGUCUGCUGCUGUUUGGGCGAAUAUUAUAUAUGGUGGCCUUGAAGAUGCAGAACAGAGAUGCAAAGGAUGAGAUUUUGAAGGCUUUCCGACUGUUCGACGACGACGGAACCGGAAAGAUUUCGUUCAAAAAUUUAAAGCGUGUAGCGAAAGAGCUGGGCGAAACCUUGACGGAUGAGGAGUUGCAGGAGAUGAUUGAUGAAGCAGAUAGGAAUGGAGAUGGUGAAGUCGAUGAAGAAGAAUUUCUGAGGAUAAUGAAGAAAACUAAUCUCUACUGA